UAUUCCGCUUGGCUGCUUCAGGGGUUACUUGGUUGCUUCAGCGUUAUGUUGACAUUUGCUUUCAUAAGUCUGAGAGCAAAUGAAACAAUCACUUUCCCUUUAAGACAUUCCGGCAUCUUCGCUGAUCUAUAGCUGUGGUUCCCGGUGUCUACAACAAAUUUAGCUCGUGGAUCGUAUUACAUAUAUUAGGGCUAACACACGCGGUGUUGAUUGGCUCAUACUGGAUAUAACUUAAACAAAACAUUCAGAGCUUAGCCGGUCGUCGCACGAAUACUGGCAGGUAACCAUUAGUACUGUGUCCGAGUAUAAAUCCGUCAUAUAAAGGUUAUAAUUAUAUGUAGACGUUCUUACUUCAAUACGGCAGGCCCUUAUAUUAAUUACUGAAGAUAUGUGUUCUUUGUUAUUACGCUGUAGAUACUGACUGGCGAAUAAAUGGCCGCGUUAUCGUUUGUAUUUUAAAUGUGUCAUAUCGUGCGAUGGAUGAACAAAAAGCACCGAGUACAGACGUGAACCUGUUGAGGGAAGAGAUAAAACUGUGUGGCGAACAAGUUGAGGUAUGGCUCGAUGGAAAUUGUGAAUGGACAGAGGAAUAUUUUCAACGAAAAGCGACCGUAGAGUUCGUCCUUAAAUGGAUUCACCUGAACGAAAAUACUUGUAAAAAGCACGGUAUUUACAUAAAGACGCCUGGCGCUUGUAUAGAAGACUUACUCAAUAACAAUAACAAUAACAGCAGUGCGAACGGUAAGAAUGAGGAUAUUUCGUGUUUAGAAGAUGACCUGGUGGACAGCGCAGACGAAACAUUAUUACGAUAUCAAGGCCAGGGGAAAUAUGCAAGGAGAUUCUCGGAGCCCGUGUCGAGCGGCAGGGAUGCUAGGAAAGGCUUCCGACUCAGACGAAAUCAUUCACUGCAAAGUCCGAUACAUGCAACGAUUCCCGAAGAUGAAACUAGUGACUCGAUGAUAAGAAAGCACAGCUCCGAUUCGCAUUUUUCGGGAAAAUAUGGCAACGAAAGUACAGGCGCGCCGUUUGUACGACAACGGCAUCGUUCGAUUGCUCAGCUUGGCUCGCUUAUAGAGUCGCGAAUCAAGCUACCAAACUCGAAGUCUUUGGACCAAGGGAAAAAGCUCAACCUGAAACAUAACAACGAAGAGGAUUUCUUCUACGAGAUAAUUAAAGAUAUUGCGAAUAAUUUGAACCUGAAGACACUGAGCUAUAAUAUACUCGUUAACAUCGGUAUCUUAACAAACGCUGACCGAUGCUCGCUAUUUCUGGUCGAAGGACCAAAGAAUCGGCGGAGUUUGGUAUCAGAGUUAUUUGAUGUGCAUCCAAUACGACUUCGUACGAAAACCGACGAAAGCGGCCUCGAAAUUCGAGUUCCAUGGGGCAAAGGGAUUGUUGGAUACGCCGCAGAGACUGGCCAAACUGUGAACAUACAAGAUGCUUAUGCGGAUUCAAGGUUUAACCAAGAAGUUGAUAAACAGACUGGUUAUCGAACGAAGAGUUUGCUCUGUACUCCAAUCAAAAAUAGUGAUGGUGAGGUGGUCGGUGUGGCUCAACUCAUCAACAAAAAUCCAGAUGCGUCCGCUUUUACCAAAGAAGACCAAGAGUUGUGUGACAGAUAUCUACCGUUCUGUGGCAUAGGGAUCACGAAUGCACAGCUAUUUGAAUUGUCACAAAAAGAAUUUCAAAGAAAUAAGGUUUUGAUUGAAAUGAUUCAUGACAUAUUUGAAGAGCAAACGUCCGUCAGUAAAAUUGUGAACAGAGUUAUGAAGCGAAGUUUAAAACUAAUGAAAUGUGAGCACUGCUCAGUGAUGUUGCUAAACGAACCACUAAUUGAAACGGGAGAUGGCCAAUUUGCUGAUAGGAACUCUGAGAACUUAAAGUUCUCCAACAACUUCCAUUUGAAAGCAACAACCUCGGCCAGACAUUCUGUCAUAGUAAGCGAUAUAAAUGGAGAAUUGUUAAACGCCUUAACCAUUUUAAGUGAGCGUGUGAUUUCGAAUCCGAAGACAUUGUGUAUUUCGGACAUCAAUGAAGACGCGAACGUAAAAAAUUUGACUCGAGGUUCGUGUGACGAAAUCAGAUCGAUAUUAAGCAUGCCAAUACGGAAUAGCAAGUCCGAAAUACUGGGUGUUGCAUCACUAAUGAACAAGGUGAAUAAUUCUCCGUUCGACGAAAACGACAUCUCACUAUUCGAGGCAAUCGUCCUGUUUUGUGGGCUUGGUAUUAACAAUACGAUGUUGUAUGACCAGAUGGCGAAAGCCAAAGCAAAGCAGCAAGUUGCAUUGGAGGUGCUUUCUUACCACGUCAAAUGUCCUCAGAUGGAGGUUGAAAAACUGAAGCUUUCCUUGAUUCCAUCCCAGUCGAGCCUUCAUUUAGGUAGCAUGAAGUUCGAUGAUUUUUCCUUGGAUCCCGACCAGAUGCUUACGGCUGCUGUGCGAAUGUUUAUGGAGUGCGGUUUGAUCGAAGAAUUCAACAUCGAUUAUCAGACGUUAUGCUGGUGGCUAACAACUACACGAAAGAACUACAGGAAUGUCAUCUACCACAAUUGGAGGCAUGCAUUUAAUGUUGCCCAAUCAAUGUUUGCCAUAUUAUCGGGAGGGAAUAUGAGCCAGUAUUUGAGUAAGCUGGAGUGUUUGGCCUUACUAGCUGGGUGCCUGUGUCAUGACGUCGACCAUCGGGGAACCAACAAUGCAUUUCAAGCAAAAACAGCAUCCCCACUAGCAACGCUUUAUGGUACCAGCGUGAUGGAACAUCAUCAUUUUAAUCAUACAAUAAUGAUCCUAAACACAGAGGGCCACAAUAUAUUCCAAAAUCUCUCCUCACAGAGCUAUCGUAAAGUUAUAAGUUUGCUUCGACAUUCAAUUCUUUCUACUGAUUUGGCAAUCAAUUUCAAGUACCGUUCGACCUUUUUCCCAUUGGUUGAAAAUGGGGAAUUGAAUUUAGAAAAUGAGGAUCAUCGAAGUUUGCUGAGAGGGAUGUUGAUGACAGCGUGUGAUCUUUGUGGGAUAACUAAACCUUGGAAUAUACAACGAGAGGUGGUACAUCUAGUCACAAGCGAAUUCAUCCAGCAGGGUGAUAUUGAAAGGGAGAAAUUCAAUGAAAAUGAUAUUCCUGCGAUGAUGGAUAGGCAAAAGAAGAACGAACUUCCAAAAAUGCAAGUCCAAUUCUUUGAUUCUGUUGGAAUACCUAUCUUUCGGAUUUGUGCAAAAGUCAAUCCCGCUCUAAAACCACUUCUUGACGGAGCCAUUGCAAACAGAAAUCGAUGGGAACAAUUGCAGAAUGCAGCAUUACGCGCGGAAGUAUAAGUGAAGAGAUAAUUUUGUGAUCAGUAUUUUGAAGUAUGAAUGUUGACACCGAAUCCUCUUAUGAAGCAUCGUUAAUGCAGAUGCCCAUCACGACGAGAGAAGACUGAUAAUGAUUAACUACACUCCAUCAGGAGAAAUAAUGCGAGCAAAGGUCAAUAAUGCUGUUGAUCAUCACGAAUUAUCUUUCGAGACACUAGACGCUUUCCACUAGCCGCUUUCCACUAGUCGCUUUCCACUAGCCGAUUCUAUCGCGCGAUGCAAAUGGUCAAUCUCGCGUUUUAGGUUGGAACCAUCUGGAACGAUAAAAUUCAUUUGGCCGGAGAAAUGUCGGCGAAAACAGCUGUUAGGUCGAAACCCUGGGUAAAAUUGUCUCAUUACUUUCCUGAUUAGGCGCGUUUCUUAAGAUCUGUUCACACGAUACAAUAUUGUUGGAUCCAAUUCACUUCUGAUGUAUGUUUUAUAGUCUUAUGAUGUUUAUGGGCAGCAAAUGCACUGAAGCCAAUGCAGUACUGCUUUAUCAAUAACAGACUAUAUCCCAUACGUCAGAAGUGAAGUGGAUCCAACAAAAUUGGAUCGUGUGAACAGACCUUUACGCUAUAUACAUUUCACAUAUGCCAAAUAAACGUGCAUUAAUAUGCAUUAUAUGACCUCAAAUGUUUCGGUGUGUCAUGAAGAAUUCCAUUUUUUCUCUCGAUUGUCUAGCAGGGAAUUCUGGUAUUUUUGAUCAUGCACGCCUAUACGUCAUGCACAUUAUUUUUUACAAACAAUGGAUAAUGAGCUGGAAUGCGUAAUUAUCUAUUGUUUUUAAAUGUAUUCGUCUUGACGAAUAUACAUGUUGAUAUGCACAUGUGAAAUUUUACUCAUGAAACAGGUCUAUACGAAUUGGUUUUCAUUUUCGACGUAUCGUAAUGUGCCGUGACAUGUUCUCUUGCUUCAGAGUCGUUAGUUCUCUAGCCUAGUUUCCAUUUUGUCAGAUUGUCUGUAAAAAGUUAUUCUAAUCGAUGUAAAAUCGUUAGGAUGUAAAUAUAUCUUUAUUUUUGGUAUUCAAAUCAGCCAUUCUUGACUAAACACAUGCACAUGGCAUUAUUCUAUUGUUUGCAUCAUCCAUAUUCACAUGUUCACGACAAUUACGUUCGAAUGGAAACCAGUUUUGUCGGCCUGUUUAGGAAAGAGACAUACUGUACGGUUCGGUUGAAAUUGAAAGAAGCCUUUAGAAUAGUCGAAGGCUUCUGAACAGAAGUUAUCGGGGACGGUGCUUUGGUUUAACAACGUGUCCCCAUAAUUGUACAAUUCGCUCGCCAGCGAUUGCAGUUUAACGGACAAGUUAAUAGUUCAUGCAGCCUGUUUAAUAUGCUAGUUUUGGCAGUAAUGUUCGUUUUGAAGCAGCGACAGAACUCGUCUGGCCAUUCGUAACUGGGCGUCUAAUAAACUGUCUGUUUCCCUUUCGAAUUAUUUCGUGAUCUUUUAGACGCUGUAAUGUAAAUUGUUCCUAUUGUUCCUAAUGGUUCCAGCCAAAUUAUCAAGAAGAUGGCAAAUAGCUUCGCGCAAGUGGAAAGUUUACUGUAGGUUAGUAUAGAGUAAUAUAUAGAAUCGUACGUUGGAAAAACAGGGUUGGGAAUGUAUAUAUAUAUUUGUACAGCAGCAAAAUCACACGCACCUGGAAAAUAGCAUAUUACAAAUUGCAAUUAUAAUGCACGCGAUAAUAAAGAAAUACACUACAUGCAGUCAAUUUAUUGGCACGGUACGGCUGUAAAAAUGGGUACGCGAACCCAUGAAAUGGGCACGGUACCCAUUUUAGCCGUGCCGUGCCGAUAAAUUGAGUGUAGCGUAAACGGAGCUUAAAGUAUUCUUUCCGUAAAUCAUUGAAGCCAGCAUAUCUUAUACCAGUAUCAUGAAGCGAAGCAUGUACCUGUUCUGCCAUAUAGGCUAUAUUCGAAAAUAUUCUCGAAAGACGAGAGAAUGUUUGAUACAACUCGGGCUUGAUGUGACAGGAUAGAUAAAUCAGUGAAAAUCUCAAUGGGUCUACAAUUGCGUAAUAGACCUUU